GGUCCCGCCCCGCUCCGCCCCGCGCGUCAUCCCGGCUGCCCGCCGGAUUGGGCGCCGCGGCUCCCUCGGCCGAUCCAGGAUGGCGGCGCCCAGCGGGGCCGCGAGCUGUGAGGACUUCGCCGAGUUCCAGGAGCUGCUCAGGGUGAUGAGGACAAUCGAUGAUAGAAUUGUUCAUGAAUUAAACACUACGAUUCCGACAGCUUCCUUUGUGGGCAAGGUUGAUCCUGGCCAGACGUGUAAAGAGCUCUACGAGUCUUUGAUGGAUGCUCACACCAAUAGAGAAAGAAUCAUCAAAAACUGCAUCUCUCAGACUUCUGCUGUAGUGAAAACCCUCAAAGAAGAGAGGGAAAAGGCCCACGAAGAUGCAGCAUUAUUAAAGCAACUCAGGAAAGAGCAGACAAAGUUGAAAUUGAUGCAGUCGGAGCUCAAUGUUGAAGAAGUGGUAAACGACAGAAGCUGGAAGGUAUUUAAUGAGCGGUGCCGAAUUCACUACAAGCCUCCGAAGAGUCAAUGAUGACGUGGGGGAUUUUCCAUCAAGGUGGUCCAUAACUGUGAGAGCCAAACUGGAAAGAGACCUUGGGUGAGCUGAAUUGGGACCCUCCAGAACCAGUAGAACCCAGUCUUGUUUUGUUUUGGACCUACUUAGCUGAAUUCUCAAGCUUGAAAUGAUUCUCCUGUAAUUAAGAGAAAACAACUCAUCUUUUGUACAAAAUAUGUGAACAAAUGAGUUUUAUAGUAUUAAACCAAUUUUCAAUCAGAAUGCAAAA